AAUUAUUUAAAUAUUAAAUAUAUUAAAAAAAAAGCGCCCCCGGUCCACCGUCCGCCGUCCCCUUUCUUUCUCUGCUUUGCCUCUUUCGAGUCCGAUCGGAUCCCAUUUCUUCCUCCUCCACCAAUUCCGUCUUCGAGGGUUUCCGGAGCGGCAUAUCUUCCAUGGAUUCCGCGUCUUCAGGGCAGCCGGAGUUCGAUUAUUUGUUUAAGCUGUUGCUGAUUGGGGAUUCGGGCGUGGGUAAGAGCAGUCUCCUCUUGAGGUUCACUUCGGACUCCUUCGAGGAUCUUUCGCCUACAAUUGGCGUUGACUUCAAAGUAAAGAUUGUUAACAUUGGUGGAAAAAGGCUGAAGCUUGCUAUCUGGGAUACAGCUGGACAGGAACGAUUCAGAACUUUAACAAGUUCAUAUUACAGAGGAGCACAAGGAGUCAUUAUGGUUUAUGAUGUAACACGGAGGGACACAUUCACAAAUCUUUCUGAUAUAUGGGCUAAGGAAAUAGAACUUUAUUCAACUAAUCAGGAUUGCAUUAAGAUGCUUGUUGGGAACAAGGUUGAUAAGGAAGGUGAGAGAGCGGUAACAAAAAAGGAAGGAAUUGACUUUGCAAGGGAAUAUGGAUGUUUGUUUCUAGAAUGUAGUGCAAAGACUCGUGUCAAUGUGGAACAAUGCUUUGAGGAGCUCGUGUUAAAGAUCCUGGAAACACCAAGCCUCUGUGCUGAGGGUUCAUCCGGCCUUAAAAAGAAUAUCUUCAAGCAAAAGCCUCCCCAGGCAGAUGCUUCCACAAGCAGCUGCUGCUGACCGCUUGUCUUCUGCACAGACUCCGCUGCAUUCCUCGCACUAGUGGUUGCCAAAAUUGCCUCUUGAUAAUUUUGCUGGUUGGUUCAUGUAUAGUACUGAUAUUUCUUUUAAUUGGUAAUCCACAAUAUUCCCAACUUCA